AUGCCGGAGGAAGAAGGAAGUGAUGUAUCCCUGUCUGCAGUUCCUUUGACAACAGUUUCCGUAAAACUUCUGACCUUUUGGACCGAUUCUCCAGAGGUAUGGAUCAUCCAGGCCGAAGCACAGUUCGAGGUAAAAAGGAUUACAGUCUCGCAAACCAAGUUUAAUCAUUGCCUCGCUGCGUUGCCCCAGGAUGUUGCCUGUCGACUUCUAGACCUGGUCCGAGCUCCCCCUGCCGCUCCUUACGAAGCCCUGAGAAAUCGCCUCAUCCAGAUGUAUACAUUGAGUGAUUUCCAGAGAUAUCAGGCGUUACAAAGUUUGCCCUUGUUGUCUGACCAACGUCCUUCUGAGCUAAUGGAUAAAAUGUUAGUUUUGCUCCCUGAGGAUGAGAAGCCUGGUUUUUUCUUCAGGGGUUUGUUUAUGGACCGUCUCCCUGCUGAUAUUUGA